AUGAAUCAACCUUCUGAGGAUGAGGGGCUGGUGGAAGAGGAGCAAGAAGCAAUAAAUCGAAGGUCAGAGGCUCUGGAACCAAUUGAGGAAAUAAUCAGAUCACAGUCAGAGGAGCCAUCAGUAGAAGCAGAUACACAGGAGGAAUACAGAGACGGAGCUACAGAUAAUUGUAACAUUACAAUACCCAAAAUCCCCUUGCUUUCUUGCUCCUCCAUAAUAUCAAAGUUACUACAGAAGGAUGUUGAGCAGGAAUCACAGGUGAGGUCUGAAAUUCAGAACAUGAAGCAAGAAGUUGCAACCAUUAGUAUGAUGGAUGAAUUUGCCAGAUAUGCCGGACUAGAAAGGAAGAUUAACAAAAUGACUGACAAACUUAAGACUCAUGUGAAAACACGAACAGCUAAACUUGCCAAAAUAAAGUGGGUAAUAAAUAUUGUGUUCUACAUUUUGCAAGCUGCCUUAAUGAUCUCACAAAUUUGGAAGUGUUAUUUAGAACCUGUUACUGUGCUUCCAAGCAAGUGGCUGGCCCCAUUAGUAGCUUUUCCAACAGGCGUGGCAGGUGGUGUUGGCAUUACAUGUUGGUUGGUGGUUUGCAAUAAAGUAGUGGCCAUUAUGCUUCACCCUUUCAGCUGAGAAAGAAUUGCAAUUUCUGUCCAUUAGCACAAUUUUAAAAAUUACUCUUCUGUUUCUUAUGUUUGCGUUCUUAUG